GGUGCGGCAGAAAUUUCCCGCUUCCACGCCGCGACCGAGACAUCAAAGGAUUGGGGCGACCGGACGGCGCCACGCCCCGGUAAGCGGACGCCGCUGGUAGAUGACCACUGGAUUACACAGGAGAAGCUCCUUACAGAGUCCUCGAAGAAAGCUUGCAGUGUUCGUUCUGUUGAGUCUCGGCGGAGUGACAUUUCGUACGAAGGGUGGCUUGGCGGGCAUCGUGCCUGCGUUUUCCCUUCCAAUGCUAUGGGCAUGGGUUCUUGGAUAAGAGUGACAUUGGCUUGCCUGCACCGCCAUAGCGUUGUCAAAGUCCCGAUUAUUCUUCUUCCUUUUUCUGCGGCGGAGACAAUUUGCAGUGUGACGCUGGCCGGGUCAACAUGGCCUUCCAAGCCACCAAAGAAGGACACGAAUGACUAA